AUGAGCCACUUGCCCAGCCAUACAUCGUCGGCUUCAGCUAGAGUUCCGUCUAUCAUACGGCGCAAGCCUAUCCCGACAGAAUCCGAGACUGCUUCCAACACCACCAGUACACGAGAUAACAGUGGCCAAUGCGCAGCCGUCAGUGCCGAAGAUGGCGACGACUGUACCGGGUCGGCUAAGCAGGUUGACAGUAGUCAACCAAGACGAGCCAACCAGUUCGCCUUAGGGAAAUGGGAGACAUUGUCUCUGAUCAUAAGCAUAGCCAGCUUUUUAGCUGUAGUCAUCAUAUUGAGCGCAUGCAAGGACUCCCUACUACCGGACUGGAGGAUGCCAGUUUCAACCAACGCCAUAGUGUCGAUACGGUGGGCGCUGUUUAAAGGUUCCCUCGCCCUCCCCGCCACAGAAGGUGACUCUACACUAACAUUCUUAUAG